GACAAGCGGGAGCUGCCCGCCGCUCGCCUGCCGCAUGCGCCCUCGGCCCCGGGCGGCGGUCCCCAAGUUCCCUACCCCAAGCACGUCUGGUCGCCUUCGGGUGGUUGGUACGCUCAGCCGGCCAACUGGAAGAAGAACACGGCUGUUCUCGGCGGCGUCGUCUUCCUCAUCACUGCCGCAGUCUGGAAGCUUAGCGCCGAGAAGGAGUACCGCCACAAGAUGCCCGAGCCUGGUCGCUUCUAUCCCAGCAGAUACUGGAGCAGACAGAUUAUCGAGUACGAGCGGGCGCAAAAGGAAAACGGGACGACGCAGGAGAAGAAGUAG